AGGAAGGGAAACACACCCAGGCGCUCACUGCUGCAGGCGGGACAAAUUUCACAGCUCAGGAAAGUAAAACUAAAACCUGUUACACUGUCCCCCGGGAACCCGGGCUGCAAAGAACCCCGGGGAUAAACCUCUCGGAUGAAGCAAGUUGCCCCGUCUGUCUGGAGUAGUUCACAGACCCAGUGACCAUGGACUGUGGACACAACUUCUGCCGAGUCUGCAGCAGCCAGGGCUGAGACAGACUGGAAAAAGGCUUUGGCCUUGGUGCAGAAAAUCUGCUCCGGCCCACCAGGCAGCUGGCAAAGGGCCUAGAACUAGCCCGGCAGCUGAGUUUGCAGGCAAGGAAGGGAGCUGGAGGGGAUGGGGCUGUGUGGGGAGCCCCACAAAGUGUCCUGUGAAGAGGGCCAAGCAAAGCUCCGUCAGCCGGGUGUAUGGCAGAGCUCAGGCUGCCAGUGACACUUCGCCGGAGCCCAAGGCAGGGGACUGCUGUCCGCUUUAACAGUGACGAUGAAGAUGAAGGUUUCCUCAUUCCGCUGCCGCUGCAUAGCCACUGCCUCUCUGCCCGGAUUUAUCAUUUUCUUUUUGGAUUUCCACAUUCACCAGCUGGUCUCAGCCCAGUUUAGUGUCAUUGGACCGGACCAGCCAGUCACAGCCAUUGUGGGGGAGGCCACUGUGUUACCCUGCCACCUGUCCCCCCAGAUGAGCGCUGAGAACAUGGAGGUGAGGUGGAUCCGGUCCCAGCACUCUGCAGCCGUGCACCUGUACAGAGAUGGGCAGGAACAGACAGAAGACCAGAACCCAGAGUAUCAGGGAAGGACAGAGUUUCUGAGAGACAGCCUCACUGAGGGAAAUGUGUCACUGAGGAUACGCAACAUCAGGCCCUCUGAUGAGGGGCAAUAUCGGUGUUUUGUUCAGUCCUUGACAUUUUAUAAUGAAGCCACAUUGGAGCUGAAAGUAGCAGCUUUAGGGUCUGAGCUGCAGCUCUCUGUUGAGAGUUACCAGAAUGGAGAAAUACAGGUGGUUUGUCAGUCCGCUGGUUGGUACCCAGAGCCCCAGGUGCUCUGGAGAGAUUCCAGUGGGCAGCAGCUACCAUCACUCUCUGAAACAUCCCGAGCGGGUAACGGCCUGUUUGAAGCAAAAACGACAAUUGUUGUCACCGAAAACUCAAACCAGAAGUUGUCUUGUUGUGUCUGGAACAACCUCCUCAACCAAGAAAAGGGAUCAACACUGUCUAUAUCAGGUGCUUUUUUCCCAAAAUUCUCCAUGUGGGUCGUGACUCUGUGUAUGAUCCUGCUGGUUUCGUUUGUUUGCAUUGGCCUCCUUGCUCAUCUCUUCAGAAUGAAAGAGAAACUUGCAGCAGAACUUAGAUGGAGAAGAGCCCUCACACAUCCAGCGCCUGUGACCCUGGACCCAGACACGGCUCAUCCCCAGCUCAUCCUGUCUGAGGAUGGAAAACGUGUGAGAUGGGGAGACACACGGCAGCGGCUGCUCGACAAUCCCAAGCUUCGAACGAGCGGGGGGAGGGCGGGAGCUGGCAUUGGCAAUAAAACCAGCGGCAGAGCAGCAGGCAGGGAGAGCCGGCGCUGGAGGCACACGGCCAUGGCUUCCCUUCCUCCUGAACGGGCCCCCCAAGCGCAGCCCACACGCCCCGCCUGCCAGGACCCUUCGGCCGAGCCGGAACAAAUCCUCGCCCAGCUGAAGACUCUGGAGAGGGAGAGAGAAAAGCUGCUGGGAUUUAAAGUGACCGAAGAGAGGAAAAUCCAGGAGUACCUGGAAAGGACAGAGCUGGAGAGGCGGAAGAUUGUGUCUGAAUUUGAGCAGCUGCGCGGAUUCCUGGAGGAACAAGAGCGACUCCUGCUGGCUCAGUUGGAGAAGCUGAACGAGGAGAUCGUGGGGCUCCAGACUGAUGCUGUCAGGAAACUCUCCGUGAAGAUUUUCCAGCUCAGCGAGCAGAUCGGGGAGCUGGAGGGGAAGUGCCAGCAGCCAGCCAGUGAAUUCCUGCAGGAUGGCAGAACCACCACAGAUAGAUGUGAAAAGGGGGCGUGGCCACAGCCAGAGGACGCCUCCCCUGAACUGGAAAUCAGACUCGGUUACUGGGGCCAGCAAACCCAUGCGCUGAAGGAGACUAUGAGGAAAAUCAAAGCGUGGCUGCCGUCUGAGCUGGAGAAAGAACGGGGGGCCUCUCUGGCAGAGAGCGUGAAGAGGACACACAAGAAGGUGACGGUGACUCUGGACCCAGACACGGCGCAUCCCCAGCUCGUCCUGUCCGAGGAUGGGAAACGUGUGAGACGGGGACACACCUGGAGAGAUCUGCCCGUCAGUCCGGAGAGAUUUGAGUCCCGGGCCUGUGUGCUGGGCUGCGAGGGGUUCUCCUCGGGGCGGCAUUACUGGGAGGUGGAGGUGGGGGGUGGGGAGCGCUGGGCCGUGGGGGUGGCCAGGGAGUCUGUGCAGCGGAAAGACUGGAUCAGACAUUUCCCUGGGGAAGGGAUCUGGGCUGUGGAGUGUGAUGGGGGCCAGUACCAGGCUCUCACCUCCCCUCUCACCCCCCUGCCCCUGAUGUGGGUCCGAGACUUUCCUGUGCCUAGUGUGGAGAUUGAUGCUGCUACUGAGGCCCCGAUCUUCACUUUCCCGCCAGCCUCUUUCGAAGGCGAGAGAAUCCGCCCCUGGCUCUGGCUCUGGGGAAAAGGCUCCCAGCUCAGACUGUGUCCCUGAGACACUGGGGGAAUGUCCCACUGGGGGCUGUCAGCUGCUUCUCCCUCGUCUCUGGCCUCCGCAUCACUGCAGCCUACGGAGACGCUCCUCUCGCUCCAGCAGAACCACCUCGGUCCCCUCAGACCCUGGCCUCCAAGACUCCACCAUCUCCUGGGCCGUCACAAAGCCCCGUGCUCCAGGUGCCUGUGGGACGUAGUAGGGGCUGUGUGGGCUCCUCUAGUCACUGUAUUCACUCUGAUUUGUAUUCGUUCCGGUUGCUUUGUUGUGUUCUAUGUGAUUCCUAUUGCCCUGUGCUGUUCUGGAGUCACACUCUGGGGCUGUGUCUACACUGGCAAGUUAUUCUGGAAAAUCAG